GGCCACUCUUGGGAAGCAAAGCUAAUCGAUCGAAGCUAAGCCAUUAGCCCAACACCCAAUUCUCCUGUUUUCGAUCUCUCCCGUCUCCAAUUUUGUCGGCGAUUUCUCCAUCUCUAAUCCUUUUCAAAUGGAAGAAUCGCCGUGGCCACAAAAGCUUCAAGUCCUGACCCACAUUCUGCUCUGCCCCACCACUGCGCCGCCGCUCGCUUCUCAAUAUUUCGUCGCUACCAAAAUCCCCUGUUACCUCAAUUGGGAUUACCCCCCUCUCCUCUGCCCUAAACCUUCAAUUUUCCCCUUUCCCUCUCUUCACCUUCAAUGGGGUUUCUCUCUCUUCCUCAAAAGACUCUCCCGAUUCGCCCUCCCUAAAACCUCCUGGCGAUCCAAAUGCCCUUUUCAACACCCUCCGCCACUGAUUCUCGCUAAAGGCGUCGAUCCCGCUCAGUGGGGCGAUGAACAGAGGAGAACCUACGUGAGAAUGAGGCUCAGAAGAAAGCGUCUGGGUAGCGAUGUUCAUCCCUUAAUCCCAAUUAUAAUUCCCAAUAUGUUGUUGUUUUCCCUUCUGCUAUGGAAUCCAUUAUCUUCCACUGAUUGAUAAAUUAUUGUACAACUCAGAAAUUCUGGUCUAAAUCCAUUAUUGUGGGCACUUAUUU